ACAAUUGUCUCAUCGUAUGAACAUCCCCAACAUGCAGAGCACAUUCGAGCAUCGAGUAUGAAAUUUUAAACGCGCAGUGUGAAGCCCAAUCGUCUGCGUCCGAAUCGUUUCGCGCCCCGCGUUGCGGAGCGGAAGGUCGUAGGUCCGACUCCCGGUGGCGGAACUUUUUCUUCUGGUUUUUUUCUUUGCCAACUGUUAUUCUUUAUAUUAUACAACGUAAUAUCCGUGACGCAAAUACGUCAGUGAGCCGUGGUGAACCCCGGCAUAAAACACUUUCGUGUUAAAAGUUCUAUGGGAAAGCCAGACGGAGCUGCGCACGCCCAAUUCAUCUUCAUUGUUCAGUCGUAGCGGGAGGUAUACGUUUCACAAGGAAUCAUCUGUCAAGAAGAGAGAACCGCGAAGAAUGCUUACAAAAGAAACGUGGAGCUUCAAAGCAGCAUUUCUUCGAGGUCUCAGCUAAAUAUUAGGAAUAAUAAAUGCGACGUCUACGGCAGCUGGCCAUAGUCAUUGUAACUGUGAUGGUGUUCGUGAUGAACUACUCCUUCUGGGUGAACCUCAGCGUGGACCAUAACAAGUCACAGACGGUAUCUAAGCUCACCGAAAAACAAUUACCUGAGAAGUCCAGCAGCAAGCAGGAGGUGCCUACGGCGAGGACGCCAGCAAGCACCACGAAAACCACUACUACCACUACAACCCCCACGACAAAGAGUCCACCUCGAAAUAAUACCUGGAGACCAUUUUACGACCGCACAAGACCCGAUGGAAAACCAGAUCUUCCGAGAAUGCUGUUCUGGACAACUAUUUAUGGUGACUGGUAUUCGGGCCUCACGGAGGAAGGAGUGGCGGAGCUCGAGUACCGAGGAUGUUCUCAUAGAUGCUAUAUCGCCAAUGACCGGCGCAUGCUGAGCGUCAGCGACGCCGUUGUCUUCUACGGCCGUGACACCGAUCCUGCACACAUGCCGCAAGAGAGGGCCCCUUUUCAAAAGUGGGUCUACUGGUCUCUCGAACCUCCGUGGCACACUCCCGUCAUCUUGCUCAAGAGUCUCAACAAUACUUUCAACUGGACCAUGACUUACAGGCUCGACUCGGAUGUCCUAAAUACUUAUGCCACCAUCAGAAAACUCAGGCCAGCUGAGCGACCGUACUCCAAGGAGUCACUCAAGAACACCUGGAAGGGAAAGUACAAGACAGCCGUGUGGGCCGUCAGCAGCUGCAAGACAUCCGGAAAGCGAGAACAUUACAUAGAAGAGUUGCAGAAGUACCUCUACGUCGACGUGUACGGCAAGUGCGGCGAAAACGUAUGCCCUAAGGACAAGACGUUCGACUGCCGCGAAUUGUUCGCGAAAAACUACUUCUUCUACUUAUCGUUCGAGAACUGCAUCUGCAAGGACUACGUCACCGAGAAGCUAUAUAAAAUGCUGCUGUACAACAUCAUCCCUGUCGUGUUUGGAGGAGCAAACUACAGUGACGUUGCACCGCCCGGAUCAUACAUCGACGCCCUCAGCUUCGAGUCGCCAAUGCACUUGGCUCACCACCUUAAUGAAGUCGCCAGAAACUUCACUACGUACGAGAGGCACUUCCAGUGGAAAAGCAAGUACAAAGUUGAACCGUUAAGUGGCUACGAUUUGUGCAACUUGUGCCGCAAGCUGUACAGCGAAGACUUCAAGAAGAAUUCUGUAGUGCCGGACAUGUACCACUGGUGGAACACGAAGUCGCAUUGCCGUGCUCUGAACCGGGACACUCAGAAGUUCGAGUACUGAUCGUCGGUUUACAGGGUAUAAGACAAAACGUUAUCUUCGACUGCUUGCUUUUCCGAGGAGGCGAGCUUAAAGGGACACUAAAGAGAAACAGUGAAUCGGUUUAGAUGGAUAAAUUGUGCUCUGAGAACUCUAAUGUCGGUAAUUUCGCCAUCAUAGGUUUAUAAAUGGAGGAGAAAAUCAAGUUCAAAGUAUCAUUUUUAAAGUUCAUGCCGAAAUCUCCCCGCAUGACGUCACGAAUUUCAAAGUGUACUUAUCGCUUUUUGGCGCCACUGGCUCAACAAAACUACCCUAAACGUGGUAUGCUAAGUCUAUGGCCCCCUCAGAGGACAAUGUACUUCAUUUUUACCGAAUGGGAACUACGUAGUCCCUCGUAGGCGCCGUCAAUUCAUGUGACGUCAUGGCGAAUGGUGCGGAAACUUCAAGGUGGCGGCGCCACCCACAUUUUGUUUUUGCGUGCUUUGUCGCUUACUAAGCGUCUUCUGGCAGCAAGCGUGGUGUUUUUGGUAUCGUGAAAGAGUACUUUACUAAUAUCAGAAAAAUCGUUUUGCUCUUUAGUGCCCCUUUAAGCACUGCUUCAUGUCGGAUAAUUGCCUAUGUGUAAUUUUUUUUCAAAUUUGUGGACGUUUCCCGAAUGACCCUUAGCGGAUAUUUUCGCGUCGCUACCCAUCGAACGGAAGCAAUUUCCAUAUGUUUGCCAAGCCUACUGCGUCCUUUGUCACAAAGCACACAUGACGACGCAAUGGUCACCAAGUGUUUCGAGUUGUAAUUCGCGAUUCUGACACAGAAUUUCACUAGAUUCUUCUCCGCCAUUCCUGCUAGGUCUCGUCCUGUAUGUAUCGCCUUCUUUUGUCCGUGCCUCUUUCCGCUGUUUUAAAUCUUGCGACUAUUCAAACACCGGUUUUAUCAAUUUGUCAAAAACAAGCAUUCUUCUCUCUUACCGCAACUUCGAAGAUGACACCGUAAGAACGCUUACCGCUUAUGGUGUUAUUGCUACUGUGCAGUGAAAAUGUUCUGCCUAAAACUAAGAUGUGCUCCACGAAAAGCUUUCUCCUUGUUAUGCAGGAGGUUCCGGUAUUACAUAACACAGCAGCCACAUUUUCUCCGCACCUGAAGCGCCCAGUCUUGACAUCGCUUAGAUCGGGGCCUUCAAAUUCGAUUAUUAUUAUAUAAAACUAAGUCCACAUUUCUUAUUUGUAAGCGACGAGUAUGCCAUUAAAUGUGACGUUCUACAAGUUUUUCACAUAAACAAAUGCCCUGAAGUUGUAAAUUAUACGUACAACGAAUAAGUUUUCGCUAAUCAUUUCAACGUAUCUUUAAAAUCAGCAAGGAAUUUCCGCCUCAAUUUCAAAUUCGUGCACGCAACCGACUGGUGCCUUAUUGUCAUAGUACUUUAAGUCGAAAAACCUGUAUAUUCUAAAAAACAGCUCUUAUAUAACCCACAUUGUUUCCUUCGCCGAUUACAAGCUGCUUCUUUUGUAGAGCCAUUUGCUGCAAAAAGAAGACGAAUAGCGAAGACGCAUGAAGUAAAAAAGUGUCAACUCAGCCAGCACGGAAAGUCUUUAGAUGGUAAAUAACAUGAACGAAAGUCACCGCGUUUUACGUUUGCUGUAAUCUUCGCGUUGGAGCUGUUGCUUAUUGUUUGUCAGCGCGGAGUUUCCGCCGCCGGUUUGCGACAAUCACUGCGAGCAUAAAGCUUUCUACAAGAUAUUCUAGAAGGACUUCUUUUACUGGUCUGCAUGGUAGCUACAAUUAAUAGUGAAUUAGCUAGGGCGAGAAUGACAUGAAUAUACUUAUUUGCCUUAAUUUCGUCGCUCAAGCUUCAAUUGGCUUCGUUAGUUUGCAAGUAAUUCACUUCCACUUACACCUUACUUUAAACGUGACAACUGCAUUGAUUAUUACACCUUCUGUGUUGAGAAAAACAAGAUCCUACCGUCACUUUUGUUUGCCCCGCUCACGUGCUAUUCCGGCAACAAGAGUUCUAUUAACAAUAACAAAAGAAUGGCCACUGCAUCCGCAGGUGAUGUGGCCAUUUUCUUACCAUGAGGCCGCCUUUUAAUAAAAGUCUUUCCUCGCACUUCUAUCAGAGCAAACGCGUAUGAAUUCAGGGACUGUACCUGUCCACACAACUCUUGAUGGUCCCCAGUCGAAACGUCCAACAAAUGUACAUUUUGUUCUUUUUGAACGUGUGCCUGCACUUCAUGUUACUCUUAUUAACCACCGCAUACAAGGAAAAUGAACUUAUGCAUAUCUAUCU